GCAAAGCAAACACAGAAAAAACAAGAAAAACAGAAACCAAAUACAAAAGCUGUAAGUUAGGAUCAGUAGAACAUAUUCUUUCCCGACGUUAGAAAGCUACUCAUUUCUCUAGCCAAGUUGAGGCUCCUCUUCACAACAGAAUCUGCUUCAGUGAGUUUUGGCUCUUGGACGAGUAAGCUGCAUAUGAGAAGGAACUUCAACUAAUAGUUGAAGAAGAAUUAUCAAGCAUGGAGCAUCAUUACUACACGUGCUAUUCAUAAUUAAAUGAACCAGUAUUCCUAAAUUGUGCCUUCAUCUUCUAUUUUGACUCCAAACUACACCGGGGGAAGCUCUGUGGCCAUGGCAUUUUUGUCAUCCCUGAUCCAAAUAACUAAGAGUUUAGUGACUGCCUUCAGAGGAUCACCUUCAUCAUCAAGAUCCUCACCAACAGAUUCUCAGAAAGUUAUUGAGGAUGAGUUGAAAGGGUUGGAAAUGACACUGUGGAAUAUUGAGGCUGUUCUUGAGGACGCCGGGCGAAGAGAGAUUAGAGAUGCAUCAGUGAGGCUCUGGCUUAAGGAACUCAAGGGCAUCGCUUAUGAUGCUGAGGACGUUCUUGAUGAGUAUGAGUAUGAGUUGUUGCAGUGUCAAGUGGAUAGCAGAAAUAAUGCAGCUACUGCUGCUGCCGCUGCAACAAGGAUUUCUCGCAAAAGAAAACAUGUGGACAGUGAGGAGGAGCAAGUAUAUUUUUGGCAAACUUCAACAAUCUCAAGAGGGCCAUUAUUUCCUAAUCAUAUGCUUGAUAGGAUUAGGAAAAUCAGAGAGAGGUUUAGUGAGAUUGAAAAAGAUCGAAGUGCAUUGAGCUUAAGAGAACUCGGUCCAAGAUGGUAUGAUUUUGAUGAUGAUGAUGAUGAUUCUAUCAAGCGACCAACACCUAGUUCCUCUGUAGAUGAAUCACAUGUUUUUGGAAGGGACGGUGAUAAAGAAAAGCUAAUUGAGCUAUUAUUUUUAGAUAUGAAUACCAAAUUCUCUGUCAUUCCCAUUGUCGGCAUGGGAGGAUUAGGGAAGACAACGUUGGUUCAACUUAUUUAUAAAGAUCAAAGAGUUCAUGAAUGCUUUGAUUUGAAAGGAUGGGUGUAUGUAUCAGUCAAUUUCAGUGUUCUACGAUUAACUAAGCUAAUCAUAGAGACUCUGAGUGGGCAACAAUCUUGUGCUUUUCUUGAGCUUGAUAAGCUUCAAUCUGUUUUAAGUGAGAGUAUGGCAGGAAAGAAGGUUCUCCUUGUCUUAGACGAUGUUUGGAAUGAAGAACAGAGCCCGUGGCAGUUGCUACUAGCGCCCUUUGCCAAUGCCAACAUGGUUAGGAUAAUUGUGACUACAAGAAAUAGCUCAGCUGCAAAAGUCAUGCAAACAGGAAUUUCCCCUCAUGAACUCGGCCUUUUGCCCGAAAAACAUUCUUGGUUGUUGUUCAAAAAAUAUGCAUUUGUAGGUCAAGAACCAUCAUUCCAAUUUGUAGACAUUGGUAAACAGAUUGUCAAGAAAUGUAAUGGCUUACCAUUGGCUGUCAAAGCACUCGGAGGUAUUCUUCGGUAUGAGACUGAGGAAAGCAGUUGGUGGGAUGUUCUCCAGAGUGAUCUAUGGGAAUUGGAUGAAGCUCAAGCUGAGAUUCUACCUGCGUUGAAAUUAAGCUAUAGCAGAAUGCCGUCAUACUUGAAACCUUGCUUCUUGUUUUGUUCUAUGUAUCCGAAAGCUCACUUGUUCAGUAAAGGCAGUCUAAUCAGGCUCUGGAUGGCACAAGGUUAUAUCCGUGCCAAAGGGAACAAAAUUAUGGAGGAUGUAGGAGAGAAUUACUUCAAUGAGUUGCAGCAGAGAUCAUACUUCCAAUUAUACCAGAACCCGCAUAUGCAAUUAAGUACAGGUAAUGAGCAUGAAUGGUAUGUAAUGCAUGAUAUGCUUCAAGAUCUCGCGCACUUAAUGUCAGAAAAUGAGUGCAAUUCCAUUUAUGUAAGUGAAGGUCAAGCUGUGCAGCCUGAGAUCUCUAAUGAAAUUCGGCACCUGAAGGUGAUGCACCAAUUAGAGAUGGAAGUAGAGCUAGCAGAGCUUCUGUCAUUGAAAGAAAUAAACUAUUUACGGACAUUAGAUUGUAUUGAUAUCAUAUAUAUUAGCAAAAGAGAAAGUUUGCUCAGCAAGUUUGAACGAUUGAGAGCAUUGGAAUUACAAUCUGAUGAACCACGAGAUUUACCCAAUUUGAUCAGCAGCUUCAAGCAUCUUCGUUAUCUUUCUGUGAAAAGCAAUAUAAUAUGGGAGGCAUUGCCACAACUUGUAUGUCAGUGCUAUAACCUGCAAACAUUAGACUUAAAGAGCUGCCUGCUUCAAGAGAUUCCAAGUGAGAUCGGGAAUCUAAUUAACUUGAGAUGCCUUGCUCUCUCUUCACUUUCUCUUGCUCAGUUACCAGAAUCAAUAGGAAACCUUCACAAUUUGCACACUUUGGAUCUGCAAUCAUGUUACAGCCUUCAAGAGCUGCCUCAAGGGAUAUCAAACCUUGCAAAAUUACGACAUUUGUUCAUCCCUAGUGAAGCUAAACUACCUCAUGGGAUUGGGAAAAUGACUAAUCUUGAAACUCUAGAGUACUUCAUAGCUGGAAAGGGUAAUAAAAUUGAAAAGCAUUCUGGUAUUGAGGAGUUGAAGAACUUGGUGAAUAUCAAAGGAAAUCUAUGCAUAUACGAGCUCGGGAAACUGGUUUCUGUGGAUAGUGUCAUUGCAGGAAACCUUAAAACUAAGUCCAGAUUGAAGGAUCUGCAGCUGAACUGGGGGUAUCUUCAGCAUCCAUACAUGGACAACCUAUGCAGUGAGGAGUUGAAUUUUUCAGUGCUGGAGAGACUUGAACCACACCACAACCUCUUGAGCUUGAAAAUAGAGGGUUACAAGGGUUUAGAUUACCCUGCAUGGCUUGGUGAUCCAUCCUUCACCAGAUUAACCAGCAUUGACUUUAAUUUCUGCAAGAAAAUUCAAGAUUUCCCAUGGUUAACAUCAAGACUACCUUCUCUCACUUCUCUUUCUUUCUAUACAAUUGAAAGAAUGAAAUCAGUUGCUCAUGAAGGAGAGGUUUCAUUCCCUUCACUUGAGGUGUUGUCCCUCAACAACAUGCCUGAAUGGGAUAAAUGGAGUUCAGCAAUGGAUAAAGAUUUUCCAAAGCUCAAGAAACUCGCUAUUCAAAUGUGCCCCAAGAUAUGUCAACUUCCAUCUUUUCAAUCACUUGUUACUCUAACGAUAGCAUAUUGUGAGAACCUGAAAUCUGUGACUGUGCACCACGAUGCUGCUUCUUGUCCAUCCAGGCUUAAUGAACUCUUGAUAAUCAGUUGUGGACAGCUUACUUCACUUGUGGGGCUGAAAUAUCUUUAUUCUCUCUCAAUGUUGACAAUAGAAUCUUGUUCUGAGCUCCGGUUCCAACCUGAUGAUUGCCUGCCAGUCAUGCCCAAAUAUGUCCGAAUUUGUGAUGGGGAUGGUCCCAAGCAUUGGUGUGAUACUCAUGGAUUUCAUUACAAGCAGUUUUGCAGCUUUGAUCUCUUCCCCAAAGAUGAAGUAUAAGCAGAAGGAACCUUGUUGGUGAUUCAUAAAGAUUUCACUUGUGUUGUUAUCUGAUUAUUGUUUGACAUCUUCGAUAGAGACUCAGCAGAAUUUCUGACAAUUUCAUCCUAAAUAUACUACACUGUCAGUAGUGGACAUUUGUUUUUUUUCAUUUGCGUGUAUAUAUAAUCCUAGAUAUCUUGAAUUUG